UCCUUUUGAUGGAAAUAGCUUACCAUCCCACCAGCAGAAGCCAUUGUACUAACGGGGACCGUACUGAGAGCUACAGAAGCGAAUGCUCUAAUUGCGUGUUAAACUGUUUUUUUUAGCAGCAUUAUAGACUUGAACAGUGAAAAUAAAGCGUGUUGUCGAGGAAGGAAAACAAGACGUUUGCACAGGCCGAACGACGACUGUAUUUUUUUUCACCAGGGACGUUAACGUUACGCUUGGCGGAGGAAUUCAACCGACGUUGCUAGACAGCGGAAGAGGAAAAGCCGGCGCCGAAUUCCGUACAAAUUUCAUAUUUCCUCUAGAUAUCUUUGUUUUACAGUCCGUGCUUGGCUUUUCUCUUAGGUCUGUGCCCUUAUUUAGAUGGCAAGCUUUCCAGACUCUAUAAACCAAAAUGAUAUAGGUAAGGCAAAGUUCAUCGGUGAACUCCUGGUGCCUGUUGCUCCCUUUGACCAGAAGUCUGGGCGCGAGGCUUGGACAGUAGCUUUUGCACCCAAUGGUUCCUACUUUGCUUGGUCUCAGGGGCAUCGCAUUGUCAGGCUCAUUCCCUUGGCAAAAUGUCUGAAGAGCUUUUCUGUGGGCAAAGCUGGAGAGUCCACCAAUGCCUCGAGCCCGGGUUGUUUGUCUCGUCAGAACAGCAGCGGAGGCCAGGUAAUCCCAGCGGCCGACGAGCCCCGCGAACACACCAUCGACUGCGGUGACACCGUCUGGGGCCUGGCCUUUGGCUCCUCGGUGCCGGAGAAGCAGAGCCGCUGUGUUAACAUCGAGUGGCACCGCUUCAGGUUCGGUCAGGACCAGCUGCUUCUGGCAACAGGCCUCAACAAUGGUCGCAUCAAGAUCUGGGAUGUUUACACUGGAAAACUGUUGCUGAAUCUGAUGGACCACACUGAUGUAGUGCGAGACUUGACCUUUGCUCCUGAUGGCAGUCUUGUGCUGGUCUCUGCAUCCAGAGAUAAGACCCUCCGUGUGUGGGACCUUAAAGAUGAUGGUAACAUGGUAAAGGUUCUGCGGGGGCAUCAAAACUGGGUGUACUGCAGCGCCUUCUCCCCUGACUCGUCCAUGCUGUGCUCGGUCGGCGCAGGCAAAGCGGUGUUCUUAUGGGACAUGGAUAAGUACACCGUGAUGGGAAAGCUGGAGGGGCACCACAAUGAUGUGGUGUCUUGUGAGUUUUCACCAGAUGGGGCGCUAUUGGCCACCGCCUCUUAUGACACCCGGGUCAUCGUGUGGGACCACCACAAGGGCACCGUUCUGCUGGAGCUGGGCCAUCUCUUCCCUCCUCCAUCUCCCAUUUUUGCUGGAGGGGCAAAUGACCGCUGGGUUCGCUCUGUGAGCUUCUGCCCUGACGGCCGCCAUAUUGCCAGUAUCACUGAUGACAGGCUGGUUCGUUUCUGGAGCAUCGAGGAAAGGGCUCCUCAGGCCAUCGCCUCUCUGUCCAACGGCCUCUGCUGUGCCUUUUCUGCUGAAGGGAGUGUCCUUGCUGCUGGGACUCGUGACGGCGCCGUGCACUUCUGGGAGUGUCCCCGCAGCGUUGGCAGUCUGCAGCACAUGAGCAGGAUGUCUCUCCGCCGGGUGAUGAGCACCCAGCAGGUGGAGGCCCUGGCCAUCCCCACGCCGCUCCGCGACUACCUGACCUACAAAGUCAUCUAACCCACAGCGCCAACUGUUCCUGUCGCAGCAUCAUCUGGCUGGAAAAAAAAAACAAAGAAUUAUUUUCUUUACACAGACCUUUUUGUUGAACAAACAAAAUCAACCGGGAAAGGAGGAACAGAGUUACGUUUUCCAAAAAAAAUAUAAAACCACCACCUCCACUCACAGCAGGAUAUUCUGUUGCUUUUGUAAAUAUUUAUUUUUGUAAGUACUUCAGUGAAUGAGCGUGCUCUACACCUGUAAGGUCAGGUUAUUUCAGGGUGGGGGGGGGGCUCCCCUCCGUCACAUCAGUGUGGAACCUGUAAGUGUUCAGGCCUCUUCCAGCUGGCUCCAGCUCUCCACCAGGUUCAGUAAACCCUUCAUCUUUUCUUCUGACUUUGAAAUGGCUGUUGCACUUAAUGGGAGAAGCUUUGGCAGCGUUGCUUGCCCUUAAUGUCAGGGGCUUCUGUUUGGAAGUGGUUGAAAAACGACAUGACAGCCGUUAUUGUUCUUCUCUUAGCUUUGAACAUUUCUCUGAAACAGUAUUCACACAAUCGUUUUUUUUUUUAUUUACAGAGACAUUUGCCGUUGAGUGAUCCAACACAGUAGGUUAGCUAGUUUAAUUUAAUUUCUAAUGUUUGGUCACACCAGACAGAAUCGGGCACAGUGAGAGUGCUCAAUUAGAAGCGGCAGCAGAAGCUAGCUGUCAAGCUUGAGUCCUGAGCCAGAGUGAGAAAUGGUUCAGGCAGGUAUUUUGGCACCUAUUGGGGUCAUUGCAGAUACGCCGGUAUUGCUGUAUAUGUCAGCUGGUAAAUAACGAGAAAUGUUGAGUACAGAAAUGGCAAAGACAUUUUUUGGGAAACAUUGUUCAAAAUUCUUUGAUUUUUUUUUUUUUUUUUAACUCAAAUAUCAAUAUCUGUAUUGGCCUCAAACAUCCUGUAUCAGUCGGGGGAACUGAUGUGUUUGAUCGGUUUCCCAGAGAUCACCAGAACACGGGCUAAAAUGAUCUCCAUUCAUUUGGAUCACAGUAUGGCUGCUUUCAGACAUCUACACCUUCUGAACACUCGAUUAAUGACAAAAACGGGUUGGAGUUGGUUGACCGUUCAAAUUUCGCACGUCAAAGUUCAGCAUGGCUUUACGUCAUUACAGUCCACGGAUCACAACGUUGCUAUUGAAAUUAAUUGAUUAAAUUAGAUGCAAUGUUUUUUGCCGUUUAUAAAUACGUUACUAGACCCUUUUUAGAGACCCGGUGGCAGGAAAUGAGAUUGGUAGUGGAGGUAAACAAUGCAGGCUCCAAAUUGUCUAAAAUCACCUUUGCAAAGUAUUUAUGAGGACGGAAUGAGUUCAACGCAUCUGUCAGGCCACACAAUGUGUUGUGGUAGAAACACUGAAUGUAAACUCGACAGGGUACCUAUUUAAACCCCUCCUAAAACAGCCGCUGAUAUGUGCUACCAGCCAAACUACACUAGCUCAGUUUCGGUCAAUUGCAGACCCUGACAUGAUGCCAGUGUAGCCCACCCACAGUCCACCCAAAAAUGUCUCGAACUGGUGCGUGCGUGGCCAGUACAAAGCCUUGAGACCAGUGUUUGAUGGUUUCACACUAAAGCAAAGCACCUUUGCUGCUGUACGCAGACAAACCUGUACACAGUUCCAUGAGAUAUGUAUGUGUGUGUAUAUAUAUAAAUUUGUAUCAUGUCUAUAAACAAUUGUUAAGCUUUUUUUUUCUUUCAGUUUGUCAUUUAUACCCAGUUCUUCUGUUGAACAUUUGUGUUUUUUGUCUUUUUGAUCUCCGUUAAAUGUGAAAAUGUCUGCCAAUAGGCUAACUACACUGCUAAAGCCCUGAAAGACGAGGUGUGUUACAAUUACAUUUACAGGUCAGCUUCAGACUGUGGAAGUGUUACUGCCCUGUCACUACUUUUCGCAGCAUAUAGGAAUGCCAGUAAGUGAUUCCAGCAACCCUGAAAGUAGUCAAAAGCUGCCAACCAAUCAGCUGCCAGCCUCGGCCAGCUACUGUUAAAAAUCGUUCCCUAAAUGUAUACACGUAAUGAUCCACAAUGACCCUUUAACAUUCUUAGAAUCUUGUAUUUCUUGAACAUCAUUUUCAUUGUGUCAGUGAUAUAUGAGAUGUAAAGAAGGGAAAGUGAACUUUUACUGUUGUCUCUCUGUAGGAAGAUGGGCGCAGAACUGCUGUCAAUCAUUCUUGGCAAUAAGUUCUCUGACAGUCUGUGCUAAUGCCAAAGGUUUUCCUUUCCAGAUCAUUCAUAAUUUUCUGCUGAGAUGUGGAGCGUGUCUCAUGAAUGGGCUGCAGUGCUUAGUUCUCUGUACAGAACCUUAAUGGAUUUGCAUUACAUGUUUGUAUACCUGUUACCACUAUGAUUGGAAAAACAGUCCUGCGUCAGUGAGAUGCAGUUUAAAGCAGUUGAAUACAUCAAACAUAUAUAUGAAUGUAUGAUGUUCCUUUUCUUUUUUUUGUUUGUGUUUCAAUAAAGGCUUUUUGACAAAAUAAGA